AUAAUGGGGAAAUUGUCGGAGAGUACACAAGCUGAAGAAGUACCAGAAAAUGGUGCAAAUAUUGAGAUCAUGAAAGAACCUGUAACAGAAAAAGAGGAAUAUCUAUCUCUUUGUCAACUUGUCAAUCCAAUUUCACAACCUCUAGCGUCUAGAAAAUUGGCUAAAAAACUUUAUAAGUUGGUGAAGAAAUCAGCUAAAGAAAAGGGAUCUUUACGGCACGGUCUUUCUGAUGUUAUGAAGGCUAUUAGAAGGAAUGAGAAGGGGAUACUUAUACUUGCAGGGUACAAGCGUCCAGCAAUUGUUUUAAUGGUUAAGAAGCAUGAAUCUUACAGUGAACUUUAUGACGAUGUUUAUUCUCUUGUUAAUUCUCUCGUAGUUGAGCCAGUAAAUUCAUGA